AUGACAAUAAAGGAGUAUAAAUGUCCGUUUGAUAACAAAUGCAAAGUGAACAUGGUCACUAGGAAAUUCUGCCGCAAAUGUCGACUCCGCAAGUGUUAUGCCGUCGGAAUGAAACAAGAAUGGAUUCUGAAUGACGAGGAAAGGGAGCUGAGGAGACGGCAAAUCGAGGAGAAUAGGAAGUGGAGGGAAGCCAACGAUAAGACUGAUACGAGUAGUGACACAAAUAAUAAUAAUGAGUCCACAAAAGCCAUAUCUCCUCCUGAGAUAGACCCAGAGGAUACCAUUGAGGCGCCGAUAGAUUUAUUGGACACAGAUGUGGAUAAUAUUAUGUCAAAUAUACUGGACAUUGAGAGAUAUAUGGCUAAUGACAACAAUGGCGAUGAGAUAUCUGACAAAACAUACGACAAAGUGGUGGAAAUGGAGUUAGCGGUGCUUCCCAUACCCUCCGCCGUCACCGAUAAUAACAGCUUGAAUUCAGUUGAGUUCAGCCGACUGUCGGAGCUGUUCCGGCUCAUGGGUAGUCUCGAUAGGCCGCGACCCGAACCCAAACUAAUGGCGCAAAAUGGGCAACAAGUGGCCGACUUCUUUAUACACAGAUUUGAAUAUUUCAUACAAAAGUUUGUGAGCGUAGCCAAGUCUUUAUCGGCAUUUCAAUCAAUAUGCGAGAACGACCAAAUAGCCCUGAUUAAAUAUAGUAGCUUCGAGGCCCUACUCAUGAGGACUGCCGUUAAUUUUGACUACGACCAGGAGUUCUGGACAUUUAUACACGACGAACAAAACUCCAUUGUAUGUAAACUGGAUCUAUUGAAAGAUCUGUUUCACGAGUACGACGGCUAUUCCGUGUUCAGGAGCUUUUUCAGAAAGUUUGGAAGUGCCUGGGAUUCCGACCCAUAUGUGGUUCACCUAAAUAUUCUUGACGUCUCACUACUGACUCCUAGCCUAUCGUCGGGAACUGACUGCUCAUUAGAAAUGUUUGACACAAACGACUUGAACGCCGAAGACUUGUUCACAAAUAUACAAAUUGAAAGUGAUUUCACAGACAAUAAUAACGAUACAAAUCUAUCGCAAAAUAUUGAGACAAUAAGUCAAACAUUAGAUGAAUUAUACAUUCAUCAAAGUGUCGAUAGUUUAGGCAUUUCUAACAAUACGUACCGAAAGGCAGUAGAACUGGAGCUGUCAGUACUUCCCAUUCCCCGGGCAUUCAACAACUACCACAGUCUCACUCGUGAGGAAUGGAGUCGACUCUUUGAACUGUUCAGCGAAACGGUUAAAACUCGCGAGUGGUCUGAACCGCACCACAUAAUUAUCGCCACAACUAUACCAGAAGUGGCCACUUGUUUGCUACAGAAGUUUGAGCUGUUCCUGCACAGAUAUAUUUUUAUUAGUAAAUGUCUCACUUCAUUCAAGUGUCUGUGCGAUGAUGACCAAUUAGCCCUGAUCAAAUAUAGCUGCAUUGAGGCCAUGCUUAUGCUAACGUCCAUGUAUUUUGACAAUAAGGACGAGAAAUGGACUUUUGUAUUGCUUAUGGCUAUAAUACUAUUUAACCCGGAUCGCCCUAACCUUACUGAUAGAGAGCUGAUUAAAGUACAACAACAGCUAUAUAUGUAUUUACUUCAGAGGUAUCUGCAGAUCAGAUACGGCUCUGAAUGUGAGGCGAAGUCAAGAUUUAUAAGACUAUUGAAUACCUUAGAAGACGUACAAAAUUUGGACAAAAUUCACAAACAAAACAAUACAGAAGAGCCGGAUCCUCACAGAUUAGGACCACUUUUGACCGAAAUUCUUGAUAUUCCCCACAAUAAUAAUUCGUUGACUUUUACAUAAAUAUACCAUUUAUUUAAAGUUUACUUUUCAGUGUAUAUUGCGAU